UGUAGGUUUUGCGUCUGUAAGCUCACUCUGUUCUUGAGUUUCUUGUUAAAUCCACUUGAUCUUGACAUAAUUCAGUUAUUACCUGGAAAUAACUCAAAAUUUUACGGUAGCCAACUCGAAGGACUCUAAAUCCCCCCAGAAAAACCCCCAAAAAAAGAGAAAAAGAUAGAAAAGCACAUAUGGAAUCCAGUGCUCGGGCACCGGAGCGUUCCCUGCGACAAUGCCUGGCCCAUGCGCUGGAUGGCAACGGCACUCGGUCCGCCGGCUGUCUGGAUCGCUUAACGGUCAAGGGAAUGGACACCUUUCCGCCGCCUUCAUCGCUGGAGGCCAAGGCCUCGCGCUGCUUGCUCUUCGAGCAGCUGCUCAAGGGCGGCAGGCGGAAACAGGAGCGCCUGCUGGUGCCGGACCUGGCCACCAAUUGGUUCCGCAAGCAGAAGGUCUAUGUGGACAAGCUUUCCACAGAGGAGCUGGCCGAUCUCAGCAGUGGUUUGGCCAAUCAAAAUGAAUGCUACGAGUUGCAGUACUCCUGCGACUGCCUUGAAGAGAAAAAGUGUUCGGAUCAAAUGCGACAUCAUCAGAAUAGCUGCUCCUGCUGCGGAUGCACGGAAUCGGCGGAGGCCCAAGCAACCCAGAAUACCGCCAUGGCGUCCCAGUGUCUGCCCCUCACAGAGCCCAAGUCACGCAAUCCCUUCCUCUUGAACAGCGAUGCAACAAUGGAGGAAAAGUACAGCAAGUGCCCCCUUCACCCAAGGGACACCAAUGACGGCAGCGGUAAUUCCUGCCAGCAGAGCAAUGAUCGGUCAUCGUACAAUCGCCUCCUGCAAGCCAUGGACAGGCACUGCCCUUCGACACGACGGUCGGAGCCCAUACCACCGCGCCUAAGGCGCAAGUACGAUUUGCGUCAUGCGCCCCAGAGACGGCUCGAUCCGACCGCCUUCCGCCGCAUAUCCCCAGAAUUCUUCCGCAUCCUGGACGCCUACGAGACGGCCAUGAGCGAGAGCUGUCCGCUUUACGGAAUCUCGAUGCAUCACUGGGGCAACCCGACCGAAUGCUGUCCGUGCGAGGAGCAGACAUGCACCUGGGAGAAGCAGCACUUUUUGGGCGACGAUUCGGUGGCCACGGCAAGGUUGUCACCUUACCGGCUGCCAGGCUUGAAUCGGCAACCAGAGGAGGGGAGUGAGGAGUAUGAUAUGCAACAGGAGGAGUCGUUCUGCAAGUGCAUGGAUUAUAAGAAGAUGGAGAAAGAGAAAGAGAAAGAAAGGUCCAAGAAGGUCUCACACUUAUCCAUUGAGCCAGAGCAUGAAGAGGAUGCGAAUCUGUCUUGCAACCAAGACACCUGCCCAAUGAUGAAAUCGCUGGGAUCCUACUGUUCGCACCUCACCAUCAACCAGGCUAAAGAGAGGGAGCACCCGGAGCACCGUCGCAGCAGGCAACUAUCAACUGUGUCCAAUUAUUCCUCGACUAAAAGUGACCUCGAUGAGAUGCGCCAGCUGGGCUUCGAUACCGAAGAGCAGCAGGAGUACUUGAAGCAACAGCAGCAGGAGUUGGAGCAACAACAGAAGGAGUUGAAGCAACAACAGCAGCAGUUGCAGCAACAGCAUCAGUUGCAGCAACAGCAGCAGAAAUUGCAGCAAAAGCUGGGGGCCAUCCAACAGGUGCCCAAGAUCCCCAAGAAGCGACGCGACUGGCGUAACUGCUUCCGUCAGUCGCCGGUGUCGAAGUAUACGAUGGCCUGCGUUAAUGCCUAUACCCCGGCGCAUCCUUCACUAGCGCCUCUUCCUCAUUGCCCGCCUACUCCAUCUUCUCUAACGCCUGAUUCUUCACUUACGGCUGCUUCAUCUUCUUUUACGCCAUCUUGUUCUAUUCCACCUUCUUCUUCAAUUCCACCUGCUCCUUCUGUUCCACCUGCUUCUAUACCGCCUAAUGAAUCUUGCUUGUGUGUUCCUUUGUCCUCCAGUUGCACACUGCCCAAUGUUUCUAACCAGAAGGAGAGCUUCUUUGGCAAUUUAUCCGGCCUCUGCAGGCGCGUUAACAGGCCGCUGUACGACCUAGGCACCAACUUUCAACAGAUCCGGGCUAAGUACGCCAAGAAGCAGCAGACCAAGCUGCAGCGGCGGCAGGAAUCGCAGGCAGGAAUGGACCAUUCACCGAAAUUAUUCGUCUCAGUUCCAGCGCCCUGCAUAUGGCAGAAGGUGAAAAGGCAAUUGCCGCCGGACUAUCCGGAAACGGAAAUGCAGGCGGAAGAUAGCAGCACCACGCUUAUGCCUCCAGUCAACGAGAGCUAUACGCAGUCUGGAUUAGGGGGGAGGAGGAGGAUGAUGAUGAUGAUGAGGAGGAGGAAGAGGAGGAAUGAGCAGCAGCAGCAGCAGCAGCAGCAGAAGGAGGAGGAGCAGCAGCAAAAGAAGGAGCAGAAAGAUGAGGAGCCAGAGGAGACGAAGCAGGAACAGGAGCAACAGCAGGUGGCGGAGGACGCCUUGCAAGCGGAGCUACCGACAAUACCAACCAAAGAGCACAACAUCCAAUAUCAUAACCAGCCUAGCGAACGCACCUUGGCCGGAUAUGCCGAGCUCCCAGAGUCCACAGCCAGUGUUGCCUGUCAGUGCGUAUGCAACAUGUCCUGUGCUCAGACACAGCCAGAAAGGACAUCCAUUUCCUGUCAGUGCGGAUGCGCCAUGACCUGGGCUUCGACAAAACCUUCCAGGGUAUGCAUUCGCAGUCAAUCUUGGCAACCGGAGGAAACAAACGAAACGCAAGAGGUACCAACAAUUAAAGCAGCUCCCGAGGAGUCUGCCUCUAAGCCACCCAUUCGAAGGAAGCAAUCCACUGAAUCGGACUAUGCAAAGUGUGGCUACAGACCCAGGGCCUUCUAUUUGGGCAACGAUUACUAUCAGCUAAUGCGGCGCGUGGCCAGGCCAAGGCCCAGCAAGGAGCGCCUGAAGCGCAAGAAAGCCUCGGAACAGGUAAACACAAGGGCAAGACAGAAGCCCAUCAAAGACCAAUGCCAACCCAGGCCCAAAGAGCAAUUCAAGCCCAACUUUAAGCCAUUGAAGCCCAAUGCGAAGAAGCCAUAUACAGCGAUGGCGUCAGAGCAAAAGUCCAUCUGCCUUAAGUCAGCCAUCGAAAGGCCCAAGCUAUCAAGCUGGCGGACGGUGAAGCCAAAGAAGAUAGUUCAGAGGCAGAGCACCAAGACGUUGCCAGAGGAUCCCCCUCCUGAUCCCGAAGAUACAUGCAAUUGCGGCUGCCUGGACAUCAUUGAGAAACAAGCUCCGAUCGAGACUGAUAUUCCUUUAACAGUAUUUCAGGAGCAUACAGAGACCCCAAUGAAUCCACAGCCCAGUUCCUCGGGUUUCGUCAGCAGCCAGUAUGCAAACCAGGAGAUGAUCCCAUCAUGUAGUCAACCGGCAACUUCACCUAGCAGUCAGCCAGCAACAUCACCUAGCAGUCAGCAGUUAACUUCAACUUGCAGUCUGAUGACAACUCCGGUAACCUGCUGCUCGCCGAUGAUACCCAUACGGAAACCAUCAUCCAUAAGGAAAUGUGUGUCGAACACGCAAACAUCAACUACCUUGUCGCUGGAGCCACCAAUGCAGCAGCGAAGCCCCACACGCAAAAUGCGUGGCAGGAGUCGAACUCCAACCAGGAGGCGUGAACGAAAACCUUGCUGUUAUUGUCAAACUUUAAAGAGGAGUCCGGUUGCUCCGAAGAAGCAGUUUCGAAAGCGUGCCACGUCUUGCGGCUCCAGUUCCUCGGGGGGCCGGACGCAGACGCAACGAGAUCGAUCCUCGAGUGGCUACCGCUACAGUCAGUCCGAGGCUUCUGUCUGUCGUCGGCGGCAGGAUAGCAGACCCAAGCGGUACUCCGGGCGUUGCAAGGAUUACGACAGAUCGUAUUACAGAGAAAGCUCCAAUUCGGAUGCCAAUGCCAAGACCAGGGAAGUUUCCUCCUGGUCGCAGCUACAGCAGCAGCAGCAGCAGCAACAGAGGAUUCGCAAGCCCACCUACUGUCCACGUUGGUCUGACUAUGGAAGAAGCCAGCAGAGCUCCCAGUCGACCGCUUCUAAAAGCCGCUCAUGCUGCCACCAAUCACAGUCCAGCAGUAUAUCCAACUCCCGACAGGAUGCAAGGAUGAGCAGCAUAUGCGAGCCGUCCUUAAGGUCGAGCUUGCGAAGGAGAUGCCCAAUCCAGUGGCAACCGAAAGCCAUGGCUGGCAUCAGCAUUGCACGUACCUUGCCCGGAUUGUCAUGCGCGCCACGAGGGCAAGCCUACUCCAUUGCGCCACCACAGCCAGCGUUAUCGUUUGCCCCACCACCGCCACCGCCACCGCCACAGCACAUGGCGUCGGGUCGUCGCUUCUACACGGACACACAACCGGGCAUGGCGGCAAAACGCAAGUUUAGCUCUCGCUCCCUUCACACCACCUGCUCGAUCCGGGCACUUAGCUCCAACACUGACAGCAUACGGUGUCCCUGUGCCCCAGCACCAUCGGUGGCCAGUGUGGAGCCACCACCAGAUAGCUUCAAGGAGGAUCCGGUGGAGCAAUACUACCAAUACGAGAAAUCGCAACCACAACCGGAAAUUCCCGAGCAGCAGCCAUAUCUGCAGCAGCAUCAGGAGCAUCAGCAGCAUCAUCAGGAGCAUCAGCACCAUCAGGAGCAUCAGCAGCAAUGUCCCGCACGGCCUCCGCCAUACAAGUUCAAGAUGUUCAGCAAUAAGCCAUUGUUAUUCAAGAACACUCUGCGAUGGGAGGAGCACGAGCAUCGCUAUGCUCGCACCAGACUGCGAACGAAUCGUCCGACGCCACCACCUCGCCAGGAUGUAUAUUAUGCCAAUGCCAUCAAAAGGAACCAGGGAGUAGGGUGGCAGCCAAUAGAGCAGCGGCAUAACUACAACAACCACAAUGCCUUCUACUGUCCAGAGGAGAACUACCAACGCUGGAGAAAUGAACCUUACUGCAGGCAGCAGUGCCAGCCAGUGCAGGAGACUUUAGCGGACCCUAGGACCAUAAGGAACCAACCCUAUCCGAAUGUCCUUGCCUAUCAGCAGCACAUUAACAGUUCCCACGUACCAAGAACGGAACAGGAUGGGGCCAUUGCAGCCGCUGCCCAGGGUCUUCGGGGACUGGUACAAGCCUUGGGUGGACCUCGGCACAGAUCGCAGCACGAGGAAAGGGAGUACUCACAGGAGAUGAUGGAGUCUGCAUCGCAGUCUUGCUACAACGGAGAGGAGGCAAUGGGGCAACAGGAGAAUUUCUCCUAUAGAACCGGUACCUCCUGCUUGUGCUCAGACAAUCCGAAUGACGAAAGCCUGACCAGCGGCAGUACAUGCUUGAGAGGAAGCACGUGGAGUGAGAGGACGUGGAGCAGCAUGGAAGCAUCACCAGAAAGACUUCGUACAGGGAUCACCGCGGAAAGAUCAGCCAGAGAAAGGAGAAGAGGGCCCGAUUCGGGAGCCUUAAUUUCCUUUCAUUCUGGCAUGAAUUUCCGCUCUAAUCCCUUGGCGGGUCAGAGAAUGAGAUGUGACCACCAAAGAUACCGGCAAGCUGGUGGAUCUUCUCCUGUUAACCAAGACAAGGAGGAGCUGCAGCAGCAGCCAGGCCCCAAGCCCACGCCCUUGGCCAUUUUCCUAGACGAACUGAGAGCCAAGCAUGACGCUAGACAGAACCUAUCCCGCAGCAGACCCAACCAGACAAAACCCAGGAAAGUGGAAAAAACCGUCGAAACGGAGAGCUCGUCCAGCGACGACUGCGCAGAUGCGGAUGACAGCUUGGACACGAGACGCCAUACCUCCAAAGGGAAGUCCAUGGUCAUACCAGCCACCUACACGGGACUGCUUGAGGAGCAGGUCAUCAACGAGUAUCUGCCCAGACCGAGCUACAAGCGCAGGACAUAAAACCAAAGAGUUAACCCAAGAUCAACCACACAAUAUACUUAAAUAUAUAUAUAUAUAUAGAUAUAUGUU